UGAAGAUACGUUCCUCGUGACAAUAUAGACGUGGCAGGAUCGACUUGCAUAGGUUAGGGUUUAUCUUUGUUUGGAGGGGAAGAAUCGAUCGAUCGAUAGCGGAGAUUUGCGAAGCAUGGCGGCGUCUUUGAUUGCAUGCGUUCCAGUGACGAUCCCACGGCAAUGUAGCGGAUUUGGCAGCAGCUCCUCCUCCCUGGCAGCGUCGCCGCGCAAUUGCAGCGUGAGAUGUCGCGCUUCCUCGGAGAAUGGAUCCCACUUCGCCCAAUUUCUCAACCUAGAUGCUUUCGACAACGCUCUCCAGGUUUUCCGCGAUGAAUCGAAGGGAAUAGUUUGCUAUCGGACCCCGACUGGAGAGAUCACUUGCGAAGGCAUCGACGAGGGUCCUCACUUCGAGCCUGCUGCCGACAAUCAAAAGGGACUUUUCCUUUCGCAGCUACUGUUUGUCAAAGGCGCUGAAGAACCACUCGUGAAUGGAGCUGGAAUUUAAGUAAAGGACUAUAGCGAUGAUAUUGUUUCGUUAAAGUAUGACUAAAGGAUCACACCAGAGCGUGUUAUGUUUCAAAGCAAAGCCUAAAUGUGACGGGGGGAACCAUGUAAAUUCUCAUACCCUAUCAAUCUUUGUUGAUAUCACUCGAUUAUUAAAUUACUGGAAAGAUCCAACGGCCUGGAUCGCGACUCGUUUGUGCGGUCCAGAUCGUUUAGAACUUUAGCCGGCUUGGCCACGUGAAGGGCAGUCAGUUAGUUACUAGCGCCAUCGCUCAAGAACCCUACCGCGCCCUCUCAGCGAAGCUGAUGAGGGAAUGGCGCCUCAUGCCGCCGUGAGGGCGCCAAAGGAGCAAUCGAUCGGCAUCGAUCCAUUCCGGUAAUCAAAAUUUGGCAUCGCAAUGCCGGAUCCAAGGAAGCUGCCUUGGUGAUCUUCCCCUAGGGUUCUACGCAUCGCGGGGGAUGAGAAUCACGAUCUCGAGCGAAGAGAUGAGGUGUGGAGCGUGAGAUUUCGACUUGGCAUUUGUUGAUAGAUCAUGGGAAGGUAUCAGAGUCCGCUAGUGAAACACGAUCUUUCCCGGCUGGAGGACCCCGAGAGCCGGCACAUCGCUCUCACGUCGCUCAAGAACUGCGUCAAGCAACUGGAAGCCGAGUGCCUCCCAUUCUUCCUCGACCAGAUCAGCGAAGCUCAUCACGAUAUCUCUCGCCCCUACGUUAUCUCCCUCUACGAGGACAUAGCACGGACACACCAAACGCUGCUGGUACCUUACAUUCCUCGAAUCAUGGAGGCACUGAUCACUGCUCUCUCUGAAAGUGGCAGCUCGCUCCACGUCCACCGCGCGUGUGCCAAGGUGGUGGCCGCGCUCGCAAAGUUUUGCAUCGAUCUGGAGAGGUUGACGCAUCAGGCCAAGGAGGUUCUACGCUUGCUCUGCGAGCCACUGCUGUGCGUGCUCGUCGGGAAGUUCGAGCCAGUCUCCGCCGGUGCCGCGGUGAGCCUCCAAGCUCUGGUGGAGUUCGAGAACUGGAUCCACGCUCCAAAAGAGCUUGUCAACGAGGUGUGCUUCAGGGUGACGGCAGCUAUGUCCGGGAAGUCGGCUCCGACGGUGGCUCACUUGCAUCUGGCCUGCGCGGUUGCGAAGGUGAACAGGGAAGUCUUCGAGAGCUAUGGACUGGAGCUCAUGAAUGCGGCAAAGUACAUACUCCAAACAGCUGGUUCUUGGACUUUGAGAGUGGCCGCCGCAGAGCUCUUGAAUCUGGUGCUGAGCAUGGUGGACGGGAUAGUUUUGUCGACAGAGAUAGCAUCUGUGAUCGACGUUCUAGAGAGGUACCGGCUGGACAGGAUGCCAAAGGUGAGGUCUGCGGUGGCCGAAGCGUUAAGGACGGCUAAGUCAUGCUACUACAACGGCGGACGAGCGACGACGAAAAUGAUAUUCUCUGUUGGAGUUGAGACAAAAAGGCGGCAAGAACUUCACGACGCGGGGAUUCGAUCGAUACUGCUCCCUUCUUUUCACAACGAGUUUGGGAAGCGGGAUGCUGGAUUGAGAAGGGCUGUGGCUCCAAAGUUUGAUCGCGGGGGUGGCGGCGGUGAGGAGGUUGGAGGAUACGACUUUGUGAUAGUGGAAGACUACGGGGAACCGUGCCAGCAGUAUGGAAGACGGAGCGGGAAGGGAGCUGGAAGACGUUUUGGAAACAGAGCUGGGAAAGUUAAGAGCGAGCCCCGGGUGAGACACACAGUUUCAGCAGAACCAGGAGGAUAUGUUAUACAGGAAUGGAUCAAGGUCGAUGAUCAUGAACGGUUCCCUCAUCCUCAUUGUGGAGUGCUGGCUGGCAUUGACGAAGGGGAGGAGUACGAGGAGGAGCCGACUUACGUGAGAGAAUCCAUGUACAACAAGCAGUUCUAUUCGCCGUCGAGCGAGAGGCAUGUCGUGAUCUUUGACGAAGAUCAAGUGGUUACGGACACAUGCAAGCGUCUGAUCGAGAAUUCUGAGGCACCGUCAACUUUCACUGGUCUCUCAGCUCCAGAACCCGUGCCGUCCACUUCGGAGCCAGGCAGUAUUGAGCAUCCAAGUAGCAGUAACUUGAUCCAAGAUUCUGAGCAGGAAGAAUGGAGCGUGCGAGACAAUCCUAUCGCCGCGAAAUCCGACGAAGGUAGAAGUCCCUACGAGAGAUCUAUCACACCUCCAGCGAGGCUGGACGCUGCUCGUUCUCCAGAGGCACAGGAAGUUAUCAUAAGCAACGCUGUGGUAGAAGAAAUUUUCGAGCCAACACCUUUGCGUUGCGAUGAAGAACAAAUCCUCCAGCAAGAAGUAGCAGCGUUGGCUGGCAUCGGUGACACGCGCAACAAGGAAAACAGGGACUCAGCUGAACUAAACGACUGCAGCUUGAAUUCUCCGGAACAGACAGAGCUCAAAAGCGAGAACGUCACCGAAGAAAUGGUGGACACAUUCCGGCGGUCAUGGGAAGUUCUCGAGACGAAUGACAAGCAUGAAGUUAGCAUGGGGGUUGUGGAGGACGACAAGGUGGUGACGAAAGUUUACUCUAGCAGGAAGCAGCAGCUGGUGAAUGCUCUCACCGCAUCGUUCACAGGCGGACUUUGGCAAGAACACCACCAAAGAGAAGGCUGGCACAGGAAGCUCCAGAGUGGAGUGGAGAGAGUGCUCGGGGGGUCCGUCUGUGCGGCACUGGCGAUCCCAGCAGCUAUGGCUUUGAUCAAGUGCUUGGAACCAAACUUUGGAGGCCGAGAGAUGGUGCCAACGUGAAAAUGGAAGAGUUCGCUACGAUCGAGCUAGAAUCGGUCGGACUAAGCUUUUGGAGCGAUCGAGAAGAAAAGCGAUUUAAGUUUCGCUGUGGCGAAACGCUGGUGCCACUUGAUCGAGACGAGGAGGUAAUUUUUUAAUUUUUUUCUCUUC